AUGAUGGAAGCGCGUCUCGAGAACCUCAAGCGUCACGCGGUCGCGACCAAAGCCGACGUCGACUUCUUCGUCGACGCAGUCACGUCCAGUGCGACGGUCGCCUCGGUCACGUCUGCGAUCGAGGCCCUCAGUCUACUCGCACGCACCCCAUCCGGGCGAUCACUGGUGCUCGAUGCCAUCCAAGCGGCCGGCGACGCAUUCGAAACGGCACUGGCAGCUAUACCCACCAAGGACGAUACCAUGCACCGUGCCUUGAUCCUUUUGCUGGUUCGAAUAGCCGAGUACAAGCUGCGCGCCGUCGACGCGAUCGACUUUAUGGGCGGCAACGCGUCGGGUACGAUGGCGCUGCUGCUGCACGCGCUCUCUGAUGCGUCGCUCGUCCAACUCGAGCCGCCGCUGGUGCCCGCGCUCGCCCGCGUGCUCUGCGAGCUCACGCUGCCCUGCGGGUACCCUACCCCCAAGGACGACCAUGGGGACGUCGACGCCUUUGCGCGCGAGUUGCAUGCGCGGGCGGCGGAGCUCGUGGCGUCGAACGGGUUGCACAAAGUCCUGAACGGCCCGGUGUUUCGCCACUUGAACGCGGGCUUGCUCAACGCGUACUCGGACUCGACGACACUCCAUCUCGCAAUGGACUCGGUGCUCGGCACGAUCGAGUCGUUCGCGUUGCUAUUGACGGACGUGCCGCUACGCACGUCGUUCGUCAAAUACAUUUUGCUCUCCUCGGGGCUGCUCCACGACUGCCUCGUGCCCUAUUUUCUCGUCGUGCUUACACUCCACCCGGUGAGCGCGGCCGCACAUCCCACCGAGCCGACUUGGUUUCAGUACAAGGAUGCCGCGACCGGACAUCCCUACUAUUACAAUUGCAAGACGCACGAAACGCGGUGGCAGCUCCCGCCCGGCAACUGCGUGACACCGGCGCGCAAGAUUCAACUGCACGUGCGCUGUCUCACGCACUGGCUACGGCUGCUGGUCGCCUUGACGUUCCAAGCUGCGUCGAUCCACACGACCGCCAGUCCGCUCACGGAGCCAUAUCUGAACGAGUGGCUGCGCGGCCUCUGCACCGCCGUGCUGGAUGCACCGACCUCGUCAGCGACGCACCCGGUCGUGCUCUUCUUCCUCGAGAACGGCGCCGCGUUCCACUACUUUCUUUCCAUCUUGAUCAACAUUGACGCUUUUCAGCACGCCGUGUACAACAACAACAACCAAGUUGCGCGGCUGCUGGCGCUUCUCUGCGCACCGCUCGACACCCGCACGCGUUUCCACGCGAAAUUUGUACUUGCGUCCAAGAAAGGCCUGCACGUGCUUCGUGACAAGCUCUCGUUUACGCUCGUCCUUGGGCUCUUGCAAGCGCCGGAGGUGUAUUUCAUGGCCCACCCCCAGGCCCUGCCGCAGCCCAAAGAGCGUUGGGACCAGUACAUUGGCAACGACGCCCACGCUAUCUACUACUACAACGUCACGACGCACGAGUCCGUGUGGGUACUUCCGCCGCCAUUGCCGCUCGGGUGGAUCGUCGUGUGGUGCGAAGACUACGAGCAAGGUUACUUUUACAACUCGGUGACGCGGUCGUCGUCGUGGGAGCGCCCGGCCAUGACCGAGCCCGAGCCGCCGAGCACGGUGCACCUUGCCGCGCCUGUGGAUGCAACGUUUGAAGCCUACAGUGAACGCGUUAUGCUCGAGUGGGUCGCGACGGCCAUGCAGUUUCGCGGCCGUCGGCGCAGCGUCGCACCGACAAGCAUCGGGCAGCACGCUCCGGGGCAUCGCCGGCCCAGUGUCGUCGCCCACGACCUCGAUUACCAAGGACUCUCGCGCCUCCACGCACCGAAAAUGCUGCCGCCCGUGCGCGACAAGAAGAUGUUUCAACAAGAGAACGGGCCCAAGAGCCCGCCGGCUGCGACGAUUCCCGCCAAGUUUCUCUGCCCCAUCAACCACUCUCUCAUGCUCGAGCCCAUGUAUUCACCCGAGACCGACUUGACGUACGAGCACCAAGCGAUCGUGCACGUCGUUCAAGACGGCGCUGGCGUGUGCCCCGUGACCCAGCGCUCCGUGGAUGUUCGCAAAUUGGUGCUCAACACGGCGUUGCAGCAAGAGAUUCGCGCGUUCCAGGCGCGUCAAGCCGACCACGACGCUGUUGUGGCCCUCUGAGCCAAGGGAAACGAGAACCUAGCUCUAAGCUCAUUCCAAAGACGUAUUGUCAUCG